AUGUCGCUGUCACCAGUCUUGUCGCAAGUAGGCAUGUAUGUGAUCUCGCUUCUUAUUGAUCACAUGGGCCAAGAUGAGGAGGCUCCAGGUACUGACGCAAUCAAGCUCCCAAGAGGAAUUUUGAACUAUGGAAUUUCGGGUCACGCGCAAUCCGAGGUUUUAUGGAAGUUGCCGGGAACCUUGGAGGAGAGCAGCAUCAGGAUCUCGCCCGUGGCUCUCUCAAUGAGGGAGGCAUGA